UCCCCGAUGCGACAUCGCGAGAUUUCUUGCGCUGAGAAUAUGGCGGAUCCGGAAGGAGAGUCACUAGAGUCUUGGCUUAAUAAAGCCACCAAUCCCUCCAACAGACAGGAAGACUGGGAAUAUAUCAUAGGAUUCUGUGACCAAAUCAAUAAGGAAUUAGAAGGUCCACAGAUAGCUGUGAGGUUACUGGCUCAUAAAAUCCAAUCCCCACAGGAAUGGGAGGCUAUACAGGCCCUGACUGUUUUAGAAGCUUGCAUGAAGAACUGUGGGAGAAGGUUCCAUAAUGAAGUUGGAAAGUUUAGAUUUUUAAAUGAAUUGAUCAAAGUAGUUUCCCCUAAGUACCUGGGUGACAGGGUAUCAGAAAGGGUGAAGACAAAAGUUAUCGAAAUGCUGUACAGCUGGGCGGUGGCCCUACCCGAUGAAGCCAAAAUAAAUGAAGCCUAUCAAAUGUUAAAGAGACAAGGCAUUGUGACCUCAGACCCAGAGAUCCCCGUCGACAAGACUCUGAUUCCCUCUCCCCCGGCACGCCCCCGGAACCCCGUGUUUGAGAAUGAAGAGAAGAGCAAGAUCCUGGCUGAACUCCUAAAAAGCAAAAAUCCAGAGGACUUGCAGGAGGCCAACAGGCUCAUUAAGAACAUGGUCAAGGAGGAUGAAGCCAGAAUGCAAAAGGUGACAAAGUGUGCAAACACCCUGGAGGAAGUCAACAACAACGUGAAGCUCCUCAAUGAGAUGCUGACCCACUUCAGCAGAGAGGAGUCUUCUGAGGGAGACAGAGAGCUGAUGAAGGAGCUGUACGAUCGCUGUGACAAGUUGAGACGCACUGUGUUCAAACUGGCCACGGAGACGGAGGACAAUGACAGCAGCUUAGGACAGAUUCUGCAAGCGAGUGACGACCUCUCCCGAGUCAUUAACUCCUACAAGAGGACAGUGGACGGGCUGGCAGUCAACGGAGAGCUUGAUUCCUUGGGACUGGCAGCUCGCGAAACCCAUAAAGGCAGCAGCAAUACAGAGACGCUGAUUGACCUGGCUGGCAUUGACGUCUCGAGCCCCUCGCCCCCGGAACCAGCACCUCCUCCUCCUCCCAGGACUCUGGCUCCGGCUCCGGCUCCACCGAUCCCCAUCCUGCCCCCGCCCCCCCAGUGCUGCCCCGCCGCUCCGUCCGAGAGCCCCGGCGCUCAGCCGGCAGGCCGCGGCUCCGCUGCGCUCUCGCUGCUGGACGAGGAGCUGCUCUCGCUAGGCUUGAAUGACCCAGUGCCCAUUCCCAAUAACCCAAAGGAAGAUGCGUUGAGCAGUCAGUGGACCUCUCUGCAGGCUCCUAGUCCUGGGCUGGACCUUUUCAGCAACACACCCAUGUCCACAGCCCCCCAGUCCUCGGGCUCUGCCUACCCUGCCGCCCCCAGAACCGGCUCCUACUCUUACCUCAGCCCAGCCCCCACGAACCCCAGCCUGCAGGACCUCACGAUGCUGGACCUCGGGGAGCCCAGGAGCAUGCCCGCGCCCUUGAAUCCAGGCUCCAGGUUUGGCGCGGGCGCCUCUGCCGGCCCUGUGGUUCCCACCAUGCUGGGGUUCCCCGCCGCCAGCGCCACCCCGGCCCCCCUGAGCACAGGCACCGCGGCGGCGGCCCCCUUCUCCCACUCCCUGGUGCAGGCUGCGAGCUCCUCCUCCACCCCUGGGAGCCCCCUUUUCCGCUCGCUCUCACCCAUCCACCUGCCCCCCCAGAGCAGCCCCGCCAGGGGUCCCGACAGCUCCCUGGCCAGCGUGCACGUCCCUCUGGACUCCAUCAAGCCCAGUCAGGUCUUGCCGGUCACUGCCUACGACAAGGAUGGAGUCCGAGUCCUGCUGCACUUCGCCAAGGAGUGCCCCCAGGGCCGCCCCGACGUGCUCGUGCUCGUGGUCUCCAUGCUGAACACUGCCCCCCUGCCCGUAAAAAACAUCGUGCUGCAGGCAGCUGUGCCCAAGUCGAUGAAGGUGAAGCUGCAGCCUCCCUCCGGAACAGAGCUGGCGCCUUUUAACCCCGUCCUGCCCCCAUCAGCCAUCACCCAAGUCAUGCUGCUCGCCAACCCACUGAAGGAUAAAGUGCGACUGCGGUACAAGCUGACUUUCACCCUUGGGGACAGGCCUUGCACUGAGGUGGGAGAAGUAGACCAGUUUCCUCCAGCUGAGAAAUGGGGGAACCUAUAGCGCCCCUGAACACCUGAUGACGGGGUGACCCAUGAUGCCAGGCGAAGAGACAGAUUGACCUUACAUUGCUGGGAGAAAAAUCAAAGCGUUGAUGAAUGUUUUCUUUAGUAGUCAAGUGCUAUUACUUUUACACAAUCCAUUAUCGCACACAUUUUAAUCACUUUCAGUUGUCAGCUGAUCUUUUUUUUUUUGUUUAACUCUUGCAAUUCUAAAUGUCCUGCCAGCCCUAGGCUGUUUCAAAGGCUGCACUUUAAGAGAUGUUCCAGUAUUGGGGGGGGGGACAACCCUGCAUUUGCUACCGGUAUCGCAAAGUAUGUGUCUCUUCUGAAAGAGUCCGACUGUGCGAGAUGUGUAUACUUAAAUUAUUACGCUGAAGAUGACUUGAAAAGAGCUUGAUGCUUUACUGAAGGAGGAGAAGGGUAGCGUGACAGAAACACAGUAUGCCGAAGGACAGUUCCAGCUUGUACAGCGCAUAAAGCCAAAUGGGAAAACCAAUUAGCUAAUCGGAAGUGAACAGUUCUUGUAUUGUUCAGUUAUUGGAGACCAUGACUGAUUGGGACUGCAAGAAAUUCAUAUUUACCCUUCCCCUGCAAUUACUUUACCAACCAUGCCCACUUCUUUUACCCUGGUGCUCAAAUAGAUGGCACUAAUUUUCUCUGCAUUUGGGGAGUAAAUAGUUCUGAUGACUCAGAUAUGACGUCAUGGCCUAAUUGCUACUCUGCUUAGUGCUGUUGUCCUUUUUUAUUAGAUAUUAUUUAUUCAAGGUAUUUUGUAGUCCAUGAAGUAUUUGUACACUGGUGACUACCCAAAUAUUUUUGUUUUUGAUGUAAAUUUUAAUUAUUAUUAUUAUUGUCUUACAGGUGUGGUUUAUAAUUCUGGAUUAUUUUGGUGAGAAAAUAUUUGGUUAUUGUACCUAAAACAACCUAGAGUAAUACAGUGUAACCUUACCCACAAUACAACAUAAUCGUGUGUGGUUUGCAAAAGUUCAUUUCUCACACUGUAUUACUUUUCUGUGAGUGUAGUUAUACAAAAGUAUUAUUAUUAUUGAUUGGUUUGAGAUAAGGAUUGAUAACAUUUUGCUCAAACCGGUUGUUACACUGCUGAAUUUAUCAAAACACUGAACAGCUCCCCACUGGCCUCUUGUUAUUUUCUGUAUCUCUAGGCUGCUAUACUCAUGUUUUUUUUUUUAAAUUAGCUUUAACCUUUGCAAAUCUCUAGUGGUAGAGCAUGCUUACAAAAUGCAAAAGACUGCACACAGGAAGUCAGAUAUGGUCUUAGUAUUUAGACUGGCAAGAUACUGUCCAACAGCCUGAACAAUCUCAAGAGAAUAUUCCUAAUGGCUUCUGUGCUGCGUGGCUACAGCAUGAGAAACGAGAGUGCGUCCCCCUCUGUGCUUUCUCUUCCCUUCAUAACGUUUGCCGGCCCAGAAGCCUUUUCUUCUGUCAGCACCGAUGUUAAAACUCUUUUUAUGUGUUCUGUUGUAUUUAUUGUCUACUUCUAGAGAUGUUUCUGUUCAAUGUAACGUAACGUGCAUCUCUCUUUAGCUAAAACCUAACAAAAGUUGUAAAUAUUUGAGUGUUGGAAGUUGUUUCACUGCAUGAAGAAUUAAAAAUCUUCGUUUUAAAGCAGCCAUAA